UCUUCUGGAUAUAACAAAUCGAGGUAAGAACAUGAGUUUGAACUCAGGAUUUGGGUCCUGAUCGUCACGUGGUCGAAGGCAGAUGGAUGCUGAGCAUGGGAGUAAUUACGUGUAUUGUCGUUGCGAGUUUGAAGGCAGGAGGCUUCAAGCUCCGAGAAUUACCUCAUGGACAGACGACAACCCCGGGAGAAGGUUCUACGGAUGUAGAAAUUGGAGAAUGAAAAAUUGUGGUUUUUUCGUCUGGUAUGACGAGCCCAUGUGUGAGAGAGCUAGAGAAGUGAUAAAUUACUUGAAGAAUGAAAAUAUGAAGCUCUUAAGGAUCUAUCAACGUUCGGCCUCCCCCCUGGAUGUGGAGAAUGAAAUUGACAACCUUUGGAAUGUAAUGGAAGGCUUAAAGGAAGAAUCCAGGAAAGUUAGAAGGAAAAAUACAAUUGUUGUGAUGGUUUUGAUUGUAUCUUGGUUGAUGAUAGGCUAUGUUGUUCUAGCAUGAAAUUGGCAAUAUUUGGAAUGUAAUUGAAGGCUUGGUAGCUUUUCAUUGUUUUUGUAUCUACUGUAUGCACUACUUUAUAGCAAUGAAUGGAUGAAAUGAGUUUGAUUAACAUACUCUUGCUCCAAUCUUACCAAAAAUCAGAAUCCAAUAAUACAUGUGCAAUUAAAGGAUGUUAAUCUUUCAAAAAUUCAGAGAUUUUCAUAAAAGAACCUGCAUUUCAUUAACCACAUUUAAGCUUAAACAACUGUGUAUGCAGUAUACAUCCCCAAAAACA